AAAAAUAAAUAUCUUUAUUCUUCAUCAUCUUCGAACCGCGAAGCGGUGCAACGUUGCACGUUUUUCACGUCAAACACAAAAUCGCUGGACUGGCGGCAACUCUUUCUCUGCCUCUUCUGAGUUCGGAAUUCGGAUUGGUAAUUGGAAUCCAUGGCGGCUCCGAAGCUUGCGAGCGUAACGAUUUUUCUAGCUUUAAUUGUUUUCUCUGUCGCUGCGGACGUGAUCGUCGAUGGUGGAGAGGAUGCAAUUGAAGUUGCUAGAGAGGAUGGCUAUCAAUCCUCUGUGAUUAAAAAAGAAUUGGAGAAACUCAAUUCUAAGAUCCGAGAGCUUGAGGUCCUUAUCGAUGAAAAAGCACAGGAAUUGGAGAAAAAGAAUGAACUAAUAUCUCAAAAGGAUGAAAUAUUUAGGGACAAGUCAGCUAGAGUUUCAUUUCUGGAAAGCGAGAUAGAAUCUCUUCAGAGAGAAGGGAAAUUACAUGUUGAGGAAACAACUGCGAAGGCUCAUUCACGUGCUGGUGAAUUAGAGAAGCAGGUCAGUGAACUUAAAAGAGAACUAGAUGCUCAAAACAGAGAGAAAAAUGCACUGGAAGCACAAUCAAAUGAAGCUGAGAAGAAGAUGCAUGAAGUUAUUUCGACACUGGAGAAACUUCAGAACAGUAACGAAGAACAGAAGAAAAAAAUUAAGAAACUCGAACGUGCACUUAAAGUGGCUGAGGAAGAAAUGAUAAAAGCCAAGUUUGAGGUCACUUCAACAACUGAAGAGUUGAUGGAGGUCCACGGUGCAUGGUUUCCACCAUGGCUUGCUUCAUUCUGGAACAAGCAUGCAAAACCUGCAGUGAAUAUGGUGAUGCAAAAGAUGUGGGUUGGAAAGACACAUGUGGAGAACUGGGUGGGACCCCACGUAGAACCAAUUAAAUCUAAAUGGAUCCCUGCCAUACAUGAACAGUGGUUGGUGGUGAAAACGAAUUCUAAACCGCAUUUCGAAUUGUUAUGUAAAAGAAGUUCAGAAGCUUAUGAGGCUUCAAAACAAGCAUUGACUCCACAUAUUAUAAAAGUACAAGAGUUUGCCUAUCCCUACUUUCAGGUUAAAUCCACCAUCCAGGAAGUGCUCAACAGACAUGACAUUACAAGAGCGGUUGCUACUAAAGAGUUCGAGUGGCUCUUGUAUUCGGCCUUGUUGAUCCUACCCAUAUUAAUAUUGUUCAGUCUUUGCUGUUGCUGCGGCCCUUCCCGUGAAAAGGCUAGGAAGCCUGCCCGCCCCAACCAAGCACGUCAUAAGGCCAAAAAGGGAACUUCUGGCAAGUAAAGUUUGUAACAUCAUUUGCUGGUCCUCUGUUGGAGACUUUUUAAGGUGGACAUGACAUCUUUGCCUUUCUUUAGGAAUCUGGAACUUAGAAGUCUGAUAUUUUUUCGAAGCUCUUAUAGUUUCAUCACCUAGUCUCGGUCGGUUGUUAGCCAUGAUUAUCACUCCCGCUGCUAGAUACACCCAAGAAGUUUAGACGUUGAAGUUAUAUUUUGUUUUCCAUGUUUAUGACUAUGAUGCCAGAGUUGUAAGUUUUUUUGUUCGUUGUAAAAUAGUUGCGAAGUCGAAUAAAUUAUUUCAAAUUUUCUUCUCGUUA